AUGGCUGACAUCACCAAGCAAUCGGUUUAUUUCGGGCAUCCUUCUCGGUUUUGGAAGCAAAGGCGAAGGCUCGAAGCAGAGCCCACAAUCAACGUGGAGGAAAUAAAGACACUGGGUGACAUCGUCGACUAUGAUAAAGUUCAUUUGCAAAAACACAGACAACACAAACUCAAGCAUCUUCUAGAAAAAGAAGAAGAAACAUUAAGAAGAGAACUGGAAGCAAAACAGGCGCAGCAAGAAUGUGGUUAUUGUAAGGAGAGGCUAAAUAAACUGAAGAAUUAUGAGGAAGAGAUUGAAAGAGAGAAGAUAAGAGAAUGCUUGAAGGCCUUGGAGAGGGAGAAAAUUGCCAAAGGAAUGCAGUGCACGAAGGCCGACGAAUAUCAUCUCAGAGCGCAACAGAAGGCGCAGAUGGAGGAAAAAGUACACAUGGAGAUAGAACAAGCUGACAUUGAUAGGAUGUGGCAUCAGGUGUUAUUAGAUGACGUCAGAAGAAAGGAACAGUAUGAAAAGUACCAAGAGCACAGAAGGCAGCAAGAGAUGCGCGAACGCCGGCUGGCCUACGACGAGCAGAUCGCUAGCGCCAGCAGAAAGAGACGGGAGAUGCUGAGCGAGGAGAGGGAGCGAGAGAACAGGAGGCUCGAACGAAUGAGGAAGAAGAUGGAACAGGACCAUUACGAAGCUUUAAAACGCAAGAAAGAACAACAGAUGAAAAAUAGAAUUAACUUCAUAGAGGGCCAUGAAAUGAAGUUACUGGGGCUCGCUUCAGAGAAGUCGCGGGCGAGGCAAAUGGACGAUAAUGCCAUAAGGAGAGCCCUCCUGGAAACCGAGCGGGAGACAAGGAGAAAGAGGGAUCAGAUGACGCAACUACAAAUAGAAAAGCAACAGUUCAUGGCCUACCACAACCGCGAGAGGAGGAUGGCGCAGGCGUUAGAGCAGGACAGGGAUAACGUCAUCGACCAGUGGAUGAGAGAGAAAGAGAAUAACGCAGAUGAGGGAAUGAGACAAGCGGAAGAAGAAAAACGGACGCAGAAACAGAAACUAGGUGAAGAAUACAGGGCACACAUAGCUAAGAGAUAUCACGAGUUGGAAAGAGAACGAUGCGAAAGGGACAUCAAGAUGCAAGCCGUGAGGAACGAGGCAGUGAGAGAUCUACAGAACAAAUUGGAUAGUGCCAACCAGGUGCUGAAACGGCAGCUAGAAUAUCGACAAAACCUAGCCACACAAAUAAGGGAUACACAGAAAGUUAAGGCACGUUGAUAUUGUUUUAUUUA